AGUAUUUAACAAAAGCCGAGCUAGAUCUAGAUCUAGCUUUCAAUUCGAAUUGUCAAUGUCCACAAGAGUGCUCCUACUCACUUGCACCGCACCACCAUGACUACCAGUGGUCCAGUCCUUGUGAUUGUGGGGGGAGGAAUAGCUGGAGUCACUUGUGCACAAGAGCUCUCCAGAUUGAACCCCGACUCGAGGAUUAUUCUGAUCAGUAGCUCUCCUCUCAUCAAAGCUGCAGUCAACUUUGUGAAGAUUUCUCGUUCUCUGGAGGUGUUUGACGUGUGUGAGAGGGGUGGGGACUACCUCACUGAGACCUGCCCCAACGUCACUGUCAUCCACUCCACUGUCACACAACUGAAUCUGUGUCACCAGAUCAUCCACUGGACUGGUGGGUGUGUCCACUACCACAAACUGUGCAUCUGUACAGGGGGAAUCCCCAGCGUCAUCCCUAACAAGAGUGAGCAUGUGAUGGGUAUCAGGGACACAGAGAGUGUGCUGGAGUUCCAGAAGAGACUUGGCAAUGCUCGUAGGAUAGUUGUCGUGGGCAACGGAGGCAUCGCCAUUGAACUAGUGUACGAAGUGCGGGGGUGUGAGGUCGUGUGGGUCAUCAAGGACAAAUCUAUUGGACACACAUUUUUUGAUGGAGGAGCUGCAACUUUCUUUCUUCCCCAUCUCUCCGAGUCUAGCUCUCCCGACAAGGUCAGAGUUCACAAGCGUACAAAAUACACUGUCUGUGGAGGCAGUAAAGGAGAGAAGGGAGAGUGUGGUAGUGCCCUAGGGCCGGACUGGAGUGUGGAGCUCAGCCUCACUGGGCGGGACAAACACAAGGGGUACCCGCAUGUCAAUAUUGAGUACGAGUGCACAGUGACUGAUGUACUGACUCCAGGACAACUGAACGCCAGCGGCUUGCAUCCGUCAGAUUGGCCACACCCACAGAAACCAAAAACAGAGGCUCAAAGCUCGGACAAUAAAGGGGAAACCCCUCUAGAAAGUGCUGACAGUGCACGAGGAAACUUAGUGGCAGAAGGAACUACUCAAGUUACGGACUGGCCUGUGUUUGUGAGGCUGAGUAAUGGCAGAGUGUACGGUUGUGAUGUAGUGAUAUCUGCAACUGGGGUAUCACCCAACACGGGCUGGCUAAGAGAGGCAAUAAAUGAUGACAGAGAGUUGAAACUAGCGGAAGAUGGUGGGAUAAUCGUUGACACUGAAAUGAGGAGCAGUGUGCCUAAUUUGUAUGCAGCUGGUGAUGUGUGUAGUGUGGACUGGAGGGAUCACUCUAGGACAUGGUUCCCAAUGCGUCUGUGGACCCAGGCCAGACAGAUGGGGGCCUACGCUGCCAAGUGCAUGGAUGCUCAUCUCACUCAGCUUCUUCUCUCGUGGAGUGAUGAUGUGUUUCUCUCUGCUGUAGGGGGUGAAGAUGUGAUGCUGGACUUUUGUUUUGAACUGUUUGCUCAUGUGACUCGUUUCUUUGGUCACAAGGUGGUGCUCCUCGGCUGUUACAAUGGACAGGGACUGGGCACUGACCAUGAGCUCAUCAUCAGGACCACCAAAGGUGUUGAGUACAUCAAGGUGGUGCUGGUGAGUGGGCGGAUGGUGGGGGCGGUGCUCAUUGGAGACACGGACCUAGAGGAAACAUUUGAGAACCUGAUUCUGAAUGGGAUGGACUUGAGCAGGUUUGGAGAGAGUCUACUGGACCCCGGGGUAGACAUUGAGGACUAUUUUGACUGAUCUAGCUCUAAAAUAUUCUCGUUUAUGAUGGCCCAAUUUUUAACAAUCAUAUAUUUAUAUCACAC